AUGGGGAAAAUCGACGAUCUAGCGGAGGAACUUCACAGAUCUAUGGAAUCUAUGGCGGAACGAUGGGAACGACAGGAGAAAACGAACGAUCAUACGAAUCAGAACUUCUCGGAGAUCAACGCAAACCUAUCGAGACUGACGGAAACAUUGGCGCGUAUGGAAGCGACGAUCAACAAUCCGACGGCGAAUCAAUGGAAUCCGUCCACGAGUCAGCAGAAUCCAGCGAAUUUCACGUCACAAUCUCCACCUGUGCGUGAGGUACGAAAUCCUAACCAACCGGAACCUGGAGAUAAUCGACCGUUAGGUUAUCGGGGAAUCAAUAGCUUGCUAGAAAAUCGAAAUGUUGUGUUGAAGAAAAUUGAACUACCUGCUUUGGAUGGAUCUAGUCCAUAUAGCUGGAUUUCGUUGGCUGAGAGAUUUUUCAGGUUGGGAAGAUAUUCGGAUGAAGAGAGACUGGAUCUAUUAUCGAUCACAUUGAAAGGUCCAGCGUUGAAUUGGUUUAACCACGAGAUGUUGCGAAAUCCUUUUCGAGAUUGGGCACAGUUUAAGAAGCGAAUGAUUGCAAGAUUCAGUCAGAAAAUUGAAGAGAAUCCCGGGAAGAGGCUGUUCAGUUUGAAGCAGAGAGGUUCCAUUGAAGAUUAUGUGAACGAAUUCGAAGAGCUGACUACAAUUGUUACCGGCAUUGAUGAAGAGAACUUGGAGCAUAUGUUCUAUAUUGGUUUGAAACCUGAGAUGAAGGAAGUUAUUAAGAUGCAGAAUCCAAGGGGAUUGACCAAUUGUUUCAAUGCAGUCAUCGCAAUGGAGGGUAGUGCGUUCUGUAAGUCGAUGGCUGAAGCUGUUAAUCCAUUUCGAAGAGCUUCAUCAUCACUGCCUUUACGGGGUUCAACGUUUUACAACGCACAACGACCUGGUAGAAAUACAAGCAGUGACAGUGUGGAGAAAACAAGCAACCCCUCGAAUGGAAAACCACCUUGGAGAAAUGGUGUUGGCAAGAACUACAGUGGAAUGAUAAAGCUGACACCGGCUGAGAUUGCAGAAAAACGGCAUCUGGGAUUGUGUUACAAGUGCCCGGAGAAAUGGUCAAAGACGCAUGAAUGCCAGAAUAUGCUCCUGCAAGUUUUCACAGUCAUCAAUGACGAAGAGGUUGAAAUCUUGGAGGAAGAUUGGAGUGUGGGACUAGAGGAAAUCGAUAAUGUGGAUCCGGUAUUGAUGGAGCUAUCACUUUACUCGUAUUUGGGGUUGGAUUCUCCAGUUGUUACGAAGCUUUGGGGUGAGAUUAACAACACAAAAGUGGUGGUCAUGAUUGACAGCGGAGCGACUCACAAUUUCAUGGAUCCUUCGGUGUUAAACAAGACACAACUAUCUCCAACCAGAAACAGAGGAUUAGAGGUGUUGUUGGGAACGGGAAUCACGGUCAAUGGUUCAGGAGUAUGCAGAGAUGUGGCAGUGACAUUGCAAACACAUGAGUUUCAAAUGGACUUCGUGGUGUUAGAAUUGGGAAAUGCAGAUGUGAUAUUGGGUGUCGUUUGGUUGAGAACACUAGGGAAGUGUGAGACAGAUUGGGAAACGCAUGAAAUGUCUUUUAUGUAUAAGGGAUCAAAGAUAACUCUUUAUGGUGAUCCAGGUCUUCAAAAACGUGGGCGAUCAUUUCGAGAUAACCAGGCCCUUAACUGCUUGGAGCUCGCGAGCUUUGAUAUGGAUUUGGGUGAAUGGAACCAAACGGAGGUUAUUACGGAAGUACCAGAAGUAGUCGAGGAUGUUUUGACUAAGUUUCAACAUAUUUUUGCUGAACCUACAGAACUUCCUCUGGUCAGAGGCAACGAGCAUACGAUAAAUCUCUUGCCAGGAACAGGACCAGUCAGUGUGAGACCAUAUCGCUACCCACACGCGUACAAGGAAGAAAUGGAAAAACUGGUCUCACAGAUGUUGGAAGCUGGGACUAUCAGACCUAGUAAAAGUCCAUUUUCUAGUCCUGUGUUACUAGUAAAGAAGAAGGAUGGGAGCUGGAGAUUCUGCAUCGAUUAUCGAGCACUGAAUAAAGUGACAGUAGCAGAUAAAUUUCCCAUUCCGGUUAUCGACCAGCUCUUGGAUGAGUUACACGGAGCAAAGAUAUUUUCAAAAUUGGAUUUAAGAGCCGGCUAUCAUCAAAUACGAAUGCAAGAGAAGGAUGUUGAGAAGACUGCAUUCAGAACAUCAAACGGGCAUUACGAGUUCUUAGUCAUGCCUUUUGGAUUGACAAACGCACCAGCUACGUUCCAGGCUUUGAUGAACGAGUUGUUUCGACCGUUUUUAGGUGACUUUGUCUUGGUGUUCUUUGAUGACAUACUUAUUUUGAGUUCAAGCUUGGAGGCUCACGUCGAGCAUUUGUCAACGGUUUUGACAAUUUUCGAGAGUCAUCAGCUAUUUGCGAAUCGUAAGAAGUGUCUCUUCGGACAAGUUCAGGUGGAUUAUCUGGGACACAUCAUCUCAGAGGAAGGAGUGGCAACAGACCCGUCUAAAACUGAGGCAAUGCAGAAAUGGCCAGUGCCUAAAUCAGUUAAAGAGUUGAGAGGGUUUUUGGGUCUGACUGGGUACUACAGGAAUUUUUUGAAAGGGUAUGGGGCAAUUGCACGACCGUUGACUGAGUUAUUGAAGAAAGAUGGUUUUGAGUGGUGCAAGAGAGCAGAAUUGGCGUUUGAGGAAUUAAAGAAGGCAAUGAUGACAGCUCCUGUUCUCGCAUUACCAAACUUUGAUGAGGUUUUCAUUGUGGAAGAUGAUGCCUCAGGUUACGGUGUGGGAGCUUUACUGAUGCAGAACCAGAGACCAAUAGCUUACUUCAGCUCGGGUUUGUCAGAUAGAGAGCAGAUGAAACCGAUCUAUGAACGAGAGUUGAUGGCAGUAGUGAUGGCUAUUCAGAAAUGGAGACAUUAUUUGUUGGGGAGGAAAUUUGUGGUGCACACAGAUCAGAAGAGUUUGAAAUUCUUGCUUGAGCAGCGUGAAGUAUCAAUGGAAUAUCAGAAAUGGUUAACCAAGUUAUUGGGUUAUGAUUUUGACAUAGUCUUCAAACCUGGUGUUGAGAAUAAAGCGGCUGAUGGCUUAUCUCGAAUUGUCCAUGAGGAAUCAGCUCCAACGUUUAAUCAGCUUUUUUCUCUAACCGUUCCUACAAAUCUCCAACUGCAAGACAUCUAUAAAGAGAUUGACGCAGAUGCACAGAUUCAAGAGCAAUUGAAGAGAGUGAUGGAUGGAACAGAGGAAAAUAAGGAGUAUACAGUGGUCGAUGGGAAGUUGAGGUUUAAAAGAAGGUUAGUCAUUCCUCGUUCAUCGAAGCAUCUUCCUCUUAUCUUACACGAGUAUCAUACUGGGUUAGUUGGGGGUCAUUCUGGAGUCCUGAAGACGUUGAAGAGGAUUCAGAGUGUAUUUUACUGGAGGAAGAUGACGAAAGAUAUACAGCAAUUUGUGGCGGAAUGCGAUACUUGCCAGAGACAUAAAUACUCAACCUUAUCUCCAGCAGGGUUGCUUCAGCCAUUGCCAAUACCUUCUCAGAUAUGGGAAGAUUUCUCGAUGGAUUUUAUUGAAGGAUUACCUGUUUCUCAAGGAGUCAACGUUAUACUUGUGGUUGUUGAUAGAUUGAGUAAAUUUUCUCACUUCUUGCGGCUCAAACACCCAUUCACUGCCACAGAUGUCGCAAACAAGUUCACUCAGGAAGUAGUGAGACUUCAUGGGUUUCCGGCAUCGAUUGUUUCAGAUCGGGAUCGCAUUUUCUUGAGUUCGUUUUGGAAGGAGUUAUUCAAGCAAGUUGGAACUCGCUUGAAAUACAGCACUGCGUUUCAUCCCCAAUCUGAUGGACAAACGGAAGUAUUGAAUCGUUGUCUUGAAACCUACUUGAGGUGUUUUGCGUCGUCGCAGCCAAAAACUUGGGCAAAGUACCUAAAUUGGGCUGAGCUUUGGUAUAACACGAGCUACCAUACGGCAAUUGGCCGCACACCUUUUGCAGUGGUUUAUGGUCGAGAAGCUCCAGUUCUGUUGCGUUUUGAGGAAGGCUCAACAGCUAAUUUUGAACUAGAGACGUCGUUGAAAGAAAGAGAUGCAGUUUUGGCUGAGAUUAAAGCUCAUUUGGUGAUUGCACAGGCACGUAUGAAGGACAAUGCUGAUAAACACAGAAGAGAGUUGGAGUUUGUGCUUAUCGUUUGCGGGUUACCUGAGUCUUCAAAGAUUCACCCGGUGUUCCAUGUCUCUCAACUCAAAUCGGUGCUAGGAUCGAACCAUCAAGUAUCUCCACUGCCUGACUCGUUCGCAUCCAACCCAGCUUUAGUCAUUGAGCCAGAGGAGAUUCUGGAGACUCGCUAUGAUGCCACAUGUCGUUUGGAGGGUCUGGUGCAGUGGAAAGGCCUUCCGGCUCAUGAACACACUUGGGUACGAGCAUCUGACUUGAUACAAUAA